AUGGGUUGGUUCUGGGCCGAUGUUACCCCUACGACCGCGCGUACGCCCAGCGGCCAUCCUGCUGUGCCGGCGGAUCGGGCGCCUCCUCGCGGAUGCCUCGUUAACAAGACGACGCUCGACGCCUUGAAUCCCGAUGACACGCCCCGAGGCCCGUCACCCUCGAGCUGCCCCGUCCCGCAUGCGACCCGAACCGAGGAGAAGCCCAAGUCGGUGCUGUCGCAACUGAACCCCCUCAACUACAUGUUCCCCGACCUUUCCCAGAGGCCCGCUCCGAAUCAGACGCUGGCACUUCCCACCUCGCGCGAGGAGUCGACGAUACCCAGAGGAUCAGGCGACGGGACUUGGGAGUACCCGUCACCCCAGCAAAUGUACAACGCCCUGCUGCGCAAGGGCUACACAGACACAGAUGUGACGGCGGUCGAGUCCAUGGUUUCGGUGCACAACUUCCUCAACGAGGGAGCCUGGGCAGAAAUUGUCGGCUGGGAGCAGCGCUUCUCGCGCGGCCUCUACAAGGGGUGGCAGGGGAGACCAAUGGAUAUGACCCCCAAGGCCACCAUGUUGCAGGUGCUGGGCUGGAUCUAUCCGUCAAAGUUUGGGACUGAACCCCCCUUUGACCGUCAUGAUUGGUAUGUCUCUCGAGAUGUCAACGGCGAGCGCAAGGAGAUUCGCUACGUCAUUGACUACUACUCGGGAGAGCCCGAGCCCACCGGCGAGCCCGUCUUCUAUCUGGAUGUCCGACCAGCAGCCACGCCUCUGGGCGCCGCCGAGAGAAUUAUCCGAUGGGGGAGCGACGUGUGGUGGAAGGCAGUAGGUGGAGAUGCGCGGGAGCAGAAUCCGCAACCGUUGUUCAACCUCGGGUCUUUGAAACCAUGGGGGUGA